AUGGGUGCAAACACAAGAAAUAAAUGUACUUUGGAUCCUCUAGUUCAACUUGUCUCAAAGAGGUCUCCUCUUGAUGCUGCAAGUGAUUGGUUCACAGUUUCUUGUGUCAAGAGGCUCGAGGACGACCGACUGACCAUAUUUUGGCAUGCUGUUUGGGUCGGUUCUACCCCAUUGCGCACUCUUCGGGUUUGGGAAAUGGAGAUUCUAGAGUCCUUAAUUAGUAUUCUAGAUGGGCUAGUAAGGUUUAAUCGGGUGGACGUUUGGGGUUGGACACCUGACCCGGUAUAUGAUUUCUCGAUGAAAGCUGCUUAUGAUUUCCUAGCCUCUCGUGUCAUUCUUCCAAAUAGUAGGUUUGAGGAGCUAUGGAAAUCAGGAUCCUGUAGUUUUCUUGCAAAAAUGAUCUCGGUGAUGAUGAAAUCAGAUGCUUCAAGUCGAUUCGUUCAUACAUCACAUAACUUUCAGAUAUUUUCUUUGAAAAAUAUUUCUGUGUUAACUUUUAGAUCUAGUGAAAGACGCGUUCACUAUAAGUUUAAUGGAGUCCACAUCUGCUAUGGAGGUGUUGCUUUUAUGCUUUGCUGUGGCGAAAAUCCAGAUUGGCAAGGAUAA